AUCGUGAACGCUCCGCGAGCGCCAUCUUAGUAUUUGUCAAUUCCGCAGUUAAAAUUGAUUCAGUGUUUAUCAAGAGGCAAUAACAAACAUUAGGGAUGGCUUCGAAUAAGAAAAUUUUGCUGAAAGUGGUGAUCCUCGGCGACUCGGGGGUGGGAAAAACGUCUCUGAUGAAUCAGUACAUCACCAAGAAGUUCUCCAAUCAGUACAAGGCAACAAUUGGAGCAGAUUUCCUCACCAAGGAGCUGAUUGUCGAUGACAGGGCUGUGACUAUGCAAAUUUGGGACACUGCCGGACAGGAAAGAUUCCAAUCGUUGGGAGUCGCUUUUUACAGGGGGGCGGAUUGCUGUGUGCUUGUCUUCGAUGUGACUGCACCGAAUACUUUCAAAUCUUUGGACAGUUGGAGGGACGAAUUCCUGAUUCAGGCGUCGCCGCGCGAACCUGAGAAUUUCCCGUUCGUUCUGCUUGGCAAUAAAGUGGACCUGGAGCCGCGAGGAAUCUCGACAAAGAGGGCCCAACAGUGGUGCCAGUCGAAGAACAACAUACCGUAUUUUGAAACGUCUGCGAAGGAAGCCCUGAACGUGGAGCAGGCCUUCCAAUGCAUUGCGAGGAACGCUCUCAGCCAGCAGAACCAGAACGACGAUCUGUACAACGAGUUCCCCGAUCAGAUCAAGCUCAGUCAACCAUCGAAAAGCAGCGGCAGCGGAGACAGUUGUGCAUGCUGAUUUGGUUUGUACGUUUCUUUGGACAGGUUUUUAUAGGGGAAUGGAAACAUGCUAAAUCUCUUUAUGAUUUAUAUAUAUAUAUAUUUUUUUUUUUUAAAAUUUCCAACUGGUGAUAUAAAUGUUGGUUAUUGUAUAAAAAAAAAUAUUUAGCUGUAAUUUUUCUUUUUCGAUUUAUUCCAUUUAAUUUGCCAAUUUAGUGAUAUAUACAUAUAUAUUCAAACAUUGAUUUAUGUAUCCGUAACAUGGAAGACUCCCACCCACACUCACUCAGAAAACUAGAUAAAUUUAGUUGAUGGAACCGUGAAAAUAUAUAACAAAUUUGAAAUUAAUUUAAGUUUCUCACUCUCUCUCUGUUAUCUUCUCUCCAUCAUUGAGCAAUUCGUUUAAAGUGUUUUAUUUUCGUAGUUGCAGUGUAUUUAUAUAAUAUAACAUUAACUAAAAAGCAAAGAAAGAAAUAAUAAU